AGGGUUGUAACUCAGUCAACUUGUUUUCUAAUUUCAUUCGUUUAAAUGAUCGAGUUCGAGUUCUAGUAAUCGACUAUUUUACAGAUUGGUUUGACUCAAGCAUACUUCCGAAUCCAAGAAACCCCUUUCCCUCAUUUUCCCUCCAUUCCCUCCUUCCUCCAAAAUGCCCGGCACAGUGAAAGAUAAUCCAGAAAUGAAAGUGUCUCCACUAUGGAGGUUGGUGGAGGAAUUGGACCUUGUCACGGAACAGGGUUCCGGCAUCGGGUGACUGUGCUUUCGUGCAGUUGCGGUCUCCGUCAGUCUCCACAAACCUCCUAACUUGUCUCCUUUCCCCAUUUUCAUCUCAUCAUCUCAGCUUUGAUUUCAAUUUUCAAGAUGCAGGAUUGCAGAUCGUUCCCGAAAUUAAAAGUGGGCGGUGGGGAACGAUGCGAUUCAAAGCUAGAUCGUUUUUUCGACCAGCGUGGGGGACCAAAGUCACCCCUUAUUUAUUCGUUUUCCAAUUGUGAUCAUCAAGAGGCCCUAAACCCCACAAAGCCAUUCAUCUUUUCUUCCCCGAAUCUCUGCAGCCAACGCGUGGGAUUUAUGCAUUCCUUCUGAUAUCGACAUUUUUAUAGGCAAGCAACAAGUGCGAUUAUCGUUUUUUGACCCAUAGUAAAAAUUUAUAAAUCUAUGUGUGUGUGUGUGUGUGUGUGUGUGUACACUUGUUCGUUCCUUUCCUGGUCAGGUUUUUCUUUAUUUUACCCCAACCGCCUCACUCCAAAGAAAAGAAAAGAAAAAAAAUGUGGAUCAUUGUUUGAGAGUUCACUUUUUCGGUGGUGGAAUGGGUAAAUCUUUCCAACUCUUGAAUUUUUCGAAAACGUUUUCGAAUCUGACGUUGAAUUUAGUGUGUUUUCAGGAUACCCACAUGAUUUUUUCUCAACUUUGAGGGAAAGGAGGAAGACCCAUAGCCUUUUUCUUUUUGGGAAUGAAGAUAUGUUGCUUUAUUUCGCCUAUUUUUUUUUUUAUUUGUUUUUUUAAAAAUUAUUAUGGUAUGUACCUAACCUGGAAUUCGUCCACAUUCAUCGUAGAAUGACGAUUUUUGCUGUGAAUUAGUUCUGUUAUCAGGCAUUAAACUACUAAGCUAUAGUUUCUGAUACCAGUGUUGUCCAAAUUCUGAAGAUAUAUUAGAUUAUGUUUUUCUCUUUUGAAGUUGUACUUUUUUGUGUCUUUUAUCCAUGUUAGUAAUUUUUUUCCUUUGGUUGGGUGCCCACCAAACAUUUCCAUUUCCAUUUCCAUCUUGAUAUAAAGGACAAAAUCAUAUCAACUGUUUUUUUGCAUUAAAAUGUUGGAAAGACUUGUCUUUUCAUAAAUUUCAUAGGCUUUGGUAUCGAAACGUUUUCAUCCCGUCCUUCAUAGGAAUAAUUAAAAGGCCUGCCUAGGAUUUUAUGAAUUCAUAUUCAUAUCUUAUUUCUGAAGUUUUAGAGAAUAUAAGAUAGAAUUUUGUGAGAAACUUUUGAAUUCAGGAUUGCUAUUCUUUCUAUCCUAGCAUAUUCCUUAACAUUAUUUUGCGUUCAUUUUGCGUGUAUUGAACUUCUUUUGAGGAAUUCAAACCAGAAUGGAGUUUAUGCAUCAAUCAAGAAAAAAUUGGAUGUAAGUUUUAGUUGCAGCUCUUGUUUGGACAUUUGGACUACAGUUUUGAUCUUAUUGUAAAUGAACUCUGAGAAGAUUGAUCUUCAAGAGCAAGUUCAGCAAAACCAUGGAUUGAUUACUGAGUAUUCUUGCGACUCUGUUAAUUGCUCUUCCCCAUUUUUCGGUGCCCAACAGCAUUGGAGCAUGGGAAUUUGCACGCAGGCCAUGGAUGGUGGCUUUCAAUAUCAAAAUUUUGAGACUACUAAUCUAUCCAGCCCCAAAAUGAGUUGUUUGGAAUCACCAGUUUCUGCUUUUUAUGCAACUGAACACUUUAUGGAUCUUCCACAGUAUGAGUACCAGUUUGGUAAUCCUCCUUCAGAACUGUCCAAGAAUUAUGAUCCCAAAAUCCCGUCAUACCAACCUUCUGGGGAAAGCUUUUUCAUUGAUUCACCCCAGCUAGAUGGCCCAAAUUUCCAGUCCAGAGACACCCAGCAAUCAAUUGCAAGAUCCAACAGCUCCAGCCAGCAGUACUAUAGUUCUGGAAAAUCCUAUAAAGUUCCAUGCAGCAAUCUUCAAGGGAAUAAGCAUGCUCUGGACUUGCAAAGUCAUUUGUUGGAUGAUUUUGAAUCUUCGGACAGGAGGCAAUCUACAAUUUAUAUAGAUCAAGAUCAAGAUCAAGAUCUUAGAGUCAGUCACAAUUUGUACAGUUCUUCAUAUGCACAGGUGAGGCAGUCUACUAGACCCUCUGGGUUGUCCAUUGUUCCUGGGAGCUCUGUUUCUUCUGGAGCAGUUUUCCCAACUAAGACACGCAUUAGAUGGACACAAGAUCUUCAUGAGCGGUUUGUCAAGUGUGUCAAUUGCCUUGGUGGUGCGGAGAAGGCUACGCCAAAGGCAAUCCUGAAGUUGAUGGAAUCAGAUGGAUUGACUAUCUUUCACGUGAAAAGUCAUUUGCAGAAAUAUCGGAUUGCAAAGUACAUGCCGGAUCCGACAGGAGGAAAAACUGAGAAAAUAGCUCCUAAGAAUGAUGCAACACAGCUCAACAUCAGAACUGGCAUGCAAAUCACGGAGGCACUGCAACUGCAGCUAGAUGUCCAGAGGCGUCUUCAUGAACAGUUAGAGAUUCAGCGCAAUUUACAACUGCGGAUUGAAGAACAAGGAAGGCAGCUAAAGAUGAUGUUUGAGCAGCAACACAGGAACAAGAGCCCUUCUAAGAUUCAGAACUUUGACGAUGUUGUGUCUCCAGCUGACCCUUCUACCUGCAUAGAAGACGUUCAGGAUUCGAUUGCAGAUGGUUCUGGAAAUACCCACUUCCCAUCGAAGAUAAGUUAGCUAGCUCCAGUAGGGUUAGAGCAUGCACUUGGUCUCAUCAUCCACGAGAGACUACAACUUAGGACACUAUUGCAUAUACCAUUUUAGAACUUGUAUUUCCAUACUAGCUGUUAAACACUAUAUUGUAUAAUACUUGGGUCUUAUAUUCAUUCAAUGGCACAUUAAUAUGCUCUUUUUAUUUAUUUAUUAAUUUUAUUGUCA